AAUGAUUAAUAACCUAGAGUAUCUCGGUAGCGGAUACAGUUUUGACAGUCUGGAACAAAGAGUUAAUAAUUUUAAGGCCCCAAUUGUUGAAACGAACAGAACAGUAUUUGGGGGUAAUUUGUUAAAAGAACAAAAUUACGAUUUGAUUAAUGUACAAAAUCAAUUUAUAUGUGAUAUUUCAACUGAGGAGUUGAAUAUAGAAAAUGAAGAUGAACUUGAAAGAAGAUUAUUCACACACGUUAACGAUAAAUACGAGGAUUCAUAUAGCGGAUAUAAUAACGAUGAGUAUACGCACGACGACAUGUUACAUAACCUGAAUAAACACAACAAAUUACUUAUUAAGUCCUACAAAUGUAUAGUAUAUAAGGCUAAUUUAACAUCUUUAAAUUUUUUAAAAAACAAAAAUAAUGACGAAAUUGGGCUAAAUUUUAAUGGCAUGCUCAUUUUGAACGUGUUGAAAAAGCUUAAUAAAAAUUGUAAUUCUGAAUUUGAUAAUCAAAAAUGCCCUAUUUCUAUGUUCAGGAAUGACCCGUUUGAUGCCAACUGUAUCAGAUGUAUAAUGCCCUGGAUGGAAUUUUUUAAAGACUAUGGGACCUUUAUGACAAAAGAAAUAACCAUGGGCGGAGUGAUUAACAAAUUUUAUAACAUAAAAAAGUAUGAGGGGAGUAUGCGUAAGGAAUAUAAAAAGAAAACAAUUAAGCAAUCAAGUACCUUUUUCCAUCUUUCUAAGAGCAGGAGUGAGAGCCUUAAUGAAAAGAAAUCCGGUGAAACAAACAAAGAGGAACUUGAGGAACUUUAUACACUAACAAUUGGUCCUGAACCACCUGGAAAUGUAUCGAAUUCAAAAGUAAUAUCAGAUUGGCUAGAAAAGGUCGUCCACAAUCCAACUCCAAUCGAUUUAGAACUUGUUCCAAUAAAACAAAUUAUACCCGAAAAGUAUUUAAAAAUCUAUGAAAAUGCCUUAAAAUAUUAUCAAGAAUUAAAUAACAUUAAGGAUUUAAAUAGCGUCAACGCUGUUAAUAGUGUAAUUAACACGUUGAGGAGAGGAAAUGCAGUGGUGAGAACAAUGAAUGAGGAUAUAAAGAAUGUAAAGGUAUGUGGUUCUGAUGACAAGGUAAUGUUUGGGUUUUGUAUGUCACUGGGGAAGAACGGUGAUUUAAAACAAGUCCAACUCUUGAGCAACAGGAUAAACGUGUGUUUGUUUACAAAAACUGUAUCGAGAGUAUUAACCUGGUCAAUGUGUGCUCACUAUAAUGAACAAAUAAGUGACUUUAAACAACUAAUUUUAAGGCCAAAUUAUUACCUAUUCAAGGAACUGAGAUGUCCAAGAAAUAUGAAGAUUUUUCUUGGGAUAAAGAUUAGCGUUAAGGAGCCAAUUGCAAUUGAGUUGUGCCAAUCAAAAGAGUCAUCAUGUACUGGUAGCGAAAGACCCAAUGAAUUUGUAUGGGUUUUAUGUGUUCCUCAAACUGCAAAUACAGCGUUAGUGAAAAGUUUAAUAAAAACUGGAGAAAAACAUGUUGAAAAUGGAUGUCCAAACAAAUACAAAAUGUUAUACGGACUUAAAUUUCUUUUUUCUGGUGAUGAAGUUGGAUUAAAGCUGGAAAGUUGUAAUAAAUUUUACAACAAAUGUGAUAUUAACUGUAAUCAUUGCACAUUUGUAGCUUCAAUUAUUACUUGCUCACUAAUUUAAUAUUAUAUACCUCUUAAUAAGUGGUACUUAAUAUGUUAUACACUGAGUCUAUU